AUGAAGUCGGCGAUGCUCAACAAGGCGAGCGCUCAGGGCCUACGAGCUGUCGGUUCGGCCUCGCAGCGCAUGAGCAUGGGCACACUCGCGACAUGGAGAACGCCCAAGGUGGCCAACGAGCCUAACCGCCCAGCGGCAGGGUUUGACGGCCGCCAUCGACAAGCUCCGGCAGAGGUUGCCGCUCGAGGUGCCCGUCGUCGUCGGCGGCAAGGAGGCAAGUCGAUUGCAGGCCUCCUGAUAUUUCUCCAUGGCCGCCUUGCUCUCCUUCUCCCACCCCCUCUUCCCCCCUCUCCCUCCCGCCCCCUCUCCAGCUCGCUAACACGGCCGCAGAUCAAGACGUCGGCCGUCUCCCACCAGUUCAACCCGGCAGACCACCAGUCCAAGGUCGCCUCCUACCACACGGCGACGCCGGCCGAUGUCUCCAAGGCAAUCGACGCCGCGCUCGCCGCCAAACCCGCCUGGGAAUCCCUCCCCUUCGCCGACCGGGCCGCCGUCUUCCUCAAGGCGGCCGACCUCGUCGCCAACAAGUACCGAUACGACAUCAUGGCCGCCACCGUCCUCGGCCAGGGCAAGAACGCCUGGCAGGCCGAGAUCGACGCCGCCGCCGAGCUCGCCGACUUCUUCCGCUUCAACGUCCUCUUCGCCCAGGAGCUUCUCGGCCAGCAGCCCGAGCACAACGCCGACGGCGUCUGGAACCGGCUCGAGUACCGGCCGCUCGAGGGGUUCGUCUACGCCGUCAGCCCCUUCAACUUCACCGCCAUCGCCGGCAACCUGCCCGGUGCGCCGGCCCUCAUGGGCAACGUGGUGGUGUGGAAGCCCAGCGACUACUCCAUCGCCUCCAACUGGCUCGUCUACCAGAUCCUCCUCGAGGCGGGCCUGCCCAAGGACGUCAUCCAGUUCGUUCCCGGCAACCCCGAGGAGGUGACCAAGGUCGCCCUCGGCCACAAGGACUUUGCCGCGCUGCACUACACCGGCAGCACCGCCGUCUUCCGCAAGCUGUACGGCGCCAUCGGCCAGGGCGUCGCCGAGGGCCGCUACAAGUCGUACCCUCGCAUCGUCGGCGAGACGGGCGGCAAGAACUUCCAUCUCAUCCACGCCUCGGCCGACGUCGACAACGCCGCCAUCCACACGGUUCGCGGCGCGUUCGAGUACCAGGGGCAAAAGUGCAGCGCCACGUCGCGGGCCUACGUGCCCAAGUCGAUCUGGCCCGCGUACAGGGAGAAGCUCGUGGCCGAGACGAAGAAGCUUGCGAUGGGUCAGCCGGGCGACUACGGCAACUUUGUCGGGCCCGUCAUCCACGAGGGCUCCUUCAAGAAACUCUCGGGAGCCAUCGACGAGGCCAAGGGCGACAAGGCGCUGACCCUCCUGGCGGGCGGCGCCUACGAUUCGUCCAAGGGCUACUUUGUGCAGCCGACCAUCUACGAGACGACGGACCCGAGCCACAAGUUCCUCUCGACGGAAUUCUUCGGACCCAUCCUGACCGUGCACGUCUACGACGACGCCGCCCCGGGCGCCUUUGGCAAGGCGUGCGAGCUCGUCGACGGCACGUCCGACUACGGCCUGACGGGAUCCGUCUUCGCCACGGACCGCAACGCCGUUCGGUUCGCCGAGGAGAAGCUGCGCAACGCGGCGGGCAACUUUUACAUCAACUGCAAGAGCACCGGCGCCGUCGUCGGCCAGCAGGCGUUUGGUGGAUCUCGGGCGAGCGGCACCGACGACAAGGCCGGCAGCCCCAACCUGCUGACGCGGUUCGUGAACAUGCGGGCGAUCAAGGAGGAGUUUAACGCGACGACCAAGGUCGAGUACCCAAGCAACGAGGUGUAG